AUGAAAUUUCAGUUGAUCUUUUUAAAAAGAAAACAUCUCAAAACCUUUGUCAAACAAUUAAAUCAAUUUUCAACGAUAUUCCAAAAUAUGAUACAAUUUGGUGAACUGUCAAGAUUAGAUGGUGAUGAGAAACCUUAUAUCAAAGGAAGAGAUAUAAUCACAAUCAUCAAACAACGAUGUGAUCUUGGAACUAUAUCAAAGUAUGCAUUGCCUUGGCACUUUGUUAAACAUUAUCUUCCAUCUGCUGAUUGUAAAGAGAUAAACAAAUAUGUUAGAUGGCAAGCAAUCAAUCAGUAUACAACACAUCCAAAUGCAACUGUUGAAUCGUUGGAAGGUCUCAUUGAAUGGUCACCUGAUGUCUAUUUUGUUGGUGAUUAUCUAGACAAGACUGCAAUCAAUGGAAAGAUAGAUAUAUUAAAGAUGAUUCAUAGUCGUUAUCCAAAUACAAUCAUGCACACAAACAAAUCAGUUGAAGGCGCUGCAUUGAAUGGAGACCUGCAAAUGAUUCAACUCCUUGGCUCAAUCGAUAACAAAGGAAUACCAAUAUUCACAUCUCAAGUAAUGGAUAAUGCUGCAACUAAAGGUUGGUUAGAAAUAUUAAAAUGGGUACAUCAAAAUAAAAGUGAAUCUGGAACAACUGAACAAGCAAUCAACAAGGCAGCAGAAAAUGGACACUUUGAAUGUGUAAAGUUUCUUGUAGAGAAUACAAAAGAAGAAGGAACUGAAGAGGCUAUAAACAUGGCCGCACGCAAUGGUCAUUUUAAUAUUGUUCAAUAUUUACAUCAACAUGAUUAUAUUUGCACGACUAGAGCCAUUGAUGGUGCCGCUGAAAAUGGACAUUUAAAUAUAAUUAAAUACCUUUCAGAGAAUAGAACUGAAGGAUGUAGUGAAAAGGCUAUGGAUCUUGCAUCAUCUAAUGGUCAUUUGGAUUGUGUCAAGUAUUUACAUAAUCAUAGAAGUGAAGGAUGUACAAAUCAUGCAAUGGAUGAGGCAUCUGCUAAUGGUCAUUUAGAGGUGGUUAAAUAUUUACAUCAUAAUAGGAGUGAAGGUGCAACCGAAAAAGCUAUGGAUGAGGCAUCUGCUAACGGUCAUUUAGAGGUGGUUAAAUAUUUACAUCAUAAUAGGAGUGAAGGUGCAACUGAAAAAGCAAUGGAUGAGGCAUCUGCUAACGGUCAUUUAUCUAUUGUUCAAUUCUUACAUGACCACAGAACUGAAGGAUUCACAGCGAGAGCCAUGGAUGAAGCUGCAGAAAAUGGAUUUGUAUCAGUUAUAGAAUUCCUUCAUUUUAAUCAAAGUGAAGAAUGUUCACCCAAAGCAAUCACAAAAGCAGCAGAGAACGGUCAUUUAUCUGUAAUUGAAUUCCUUCAUUGCAAUCAAAGUGAAGGAUUUACAACCAAAGUAAUGGAUAAAGCAGCAGAGAACGGCCAUUUGGAUGUAAUAGAGUUUUUACAUUGCCACAGAACUGAAGGAUACUCAAAGAGAAUUGUAAAACAAGUUGUUUCCAAAGGACAUUUAGAUGUAUUGAUUUGGAUACACAACACACUCCCUCCAACUCUUGACGGGUCACCACUUUUUAAAGCUGGAAUGAUUGAACUAGCUCAUCAAUACAUCAACUGGACAUCGGAACCAUCUAGAUUUCACCGUAUUAUCAAAUGGUUAUAUGAUAACAAUAUUGGAGUAGAUGAGAGUAAUCAACACAUGGCUGCUUCCAUUUCGGAAAAGUACAAUUCAAAUAACACUCCCUAUACAUAUGUAAUGGGCCUGGAUAGUAACUUGGAAAUGCUUCGAACCCCUCUUGUCAACUCUUGGAAUUACUCUCUUUGUCGAGCAUUCGAGAAUGGAUACUAUUUUAUGGUUUUGUAUCUUAUUGAAUGUUUUCCAAGAGAAAGAGGUGAUGGCAUCCUUGAUCUUCCUUUUUCUCAAUACCUUUCAACUGUAGACUUGGUUUGUAGAAUUGGAAAGGGAACAAGAUUGAAAACUGACAUUAAAUUUAAAAACAAUUAUUCUUUAAUUGUUUAUUUAAAUGAAAACGAUAGACCAACACGUUAUGCUCAAAUCGAUGAAGCAGCCAAAGAUGGACAAUUCUCAUUGGUAUCCUAUCUCUAUCAUAAAGGGUUUUAUUGCUCCUUAAUUGCUUUGGAAGAGUCUUCAAAGUGUGGUUAUUUAUCAAUUAUCAAAUUUCUUGUAAAACAUAGGGAAAAUGAAAGAAGCAUAGUAAGUCGUCCAUCACUGACAUAUGCAGCCUCAAGAGACAAACUUUCUUGUCUGUUAUUCCUUCUCCGACACCUUCGUAAAGUCUCGGUCAAGGGUCUGGAGAUGGAAGCCACCAAUGGUAGCCUUACCACCCUACAAGCAAUUCCAAAAUUCCUAAGAGACAAUGAUCCUGAUACAUUGAUCCAUGCAGCUCGCAAUGGUUGGUUGACAAUCGUUCAAUAUCUCUACAACAACAACAAGAACAACAAAGAAGCUGCAUUUAAGGAAGCAAUGAACCCUCAAAUUGCCUCUAUCAUGGAACCUUUCAUCGGACACAUCAGAGAUGAGGCCCAAUUUUAUCGGUCUGAUUACAACCAUGAUGAUUAUUAUUAUUUUGAUGAAUAUAAAAUCGUUCCUUCGAAAUUUGAAGAAUAUGAAGAAUAUUUUGAUCAAUUUAAUUAUAAAUAA